AUGGCACAAGAAGAGGCAUAUCCAGAUGAGCGCAAUAUAUUGAAGUUGACUCAAGGAACCCCGGAAAAUCGUCAUCCUACCGUGUCGAAGUCCAGUCCCAUCUAUAAAACCUGGCCGUACAUGGAUGAACAGGGCAUUCUUCGGAUGCGGGGUCGUAUCGGGGCUGCGAAAUAUGCACCUUUCGAAGCGAAGUACCCUGUCAUCCUUCCAAAACGUCAGCUUGUAACAGCACUCGUCACGGACUUCUACCACCGCCAAUAUCGGCACGCCAAUCGCGAGACAGUGGUGAACGAAAUGCGGCAGCGUUUUGAGGUGGCUAACCUUCGAGCUCUUGUUAGGAAAGUUGCUAACAACUGUGCGUUCUGCAAGAUCGCCAAGGCCAUUCCAUCAGCACCACCAAUGGCACCCCAUUCCGAAGAAAGAUUAGAACCAUUCGUCCGCCCUUUCACGUACGUGGGGGUGGACUAUUUCGGGCCGGUGCUGGUCAGAGUAGGGCGCAGCCAGAUGACCUGUUUCCAAGGGGCGAACAAGCAGCUUCAGGAGGAGAUCGCAACAUUGAACGAUGUAAUGGCAACCACCUUCACGAACGCAAGAACCGCUUGGAAAUUUAACCCUCCCGCAGCUCCACACAUGGGCGGAGUGUGGGAGCGCCUCGUCAAAUCAGUAAAAGUAGCAGUUGGCUCAGCGUUGGACACUCGGCGAAAGCCGGACGACGAGACUUUGAAGACCAUCAUCUACGAAGCCGAGGCACUGGUCAACUCCAGGCCACUAACCUACAUGCCUCUGGAAUCAGCGGAACAAGAGUCCCUGACUCCAAACCACUUCCUACUAGGAAGUUCCACGGGUAACAAAAUUCAGCCGGCAGCAGACGUCAAUGGCUAUGCAGCUCUACGCAGUAGCUGGAAGCUAGCCCAGUACAUCACCGGGGAGUUCUGGAGGAGAUGGAUCCGCGAAUACCUGCCUGUUAUAACACGCAGAUGUAAGUGGUUCGAGAACGUCAAAGAACUGGAGGAGGGAGAUCUCGCUCUAGUAGUCAAUGGAACUGGGCGCAAUCAAUGGAUUCGUGGACGUGUGGACAGGGUCCUUCCCGGCCGAGAUGGCAGAGUUCGCCAGGCUCUAGUACGGACAGCGACUGGAGUUCUACGGCGACCCGCCGUUAAAUUAGCGGUGUUGGACGUUGGAGAUCAGUGCAAACCAGCGGGGCCUUCGGGAGAUUCAGAACACCAAGGUUUACGGGCGGGGGUAUGUAACGACCAAGCCCCUCGUUACGGCGGCGCCGUCGAUAAACGUCGACGUGGCGCUGAUCAAGUCGCCUCAAUCAGUCGACGGACGGAACGAAGUGUCAAAAACCCGAAGACCUAA